AUGGCACAUUACUCAGCCAACGCGUGCCUGGCUCCGGUGGCGUCGCUGCACGGGCUUGCUGUGACGACUGUGGAGGGCAUCGGAUCUACGAAGACGCGCCUCCAUGCGGUGCAGGAGAGGAUCGCCCUCGCCCACGGCUCCCAGUGCGGCUUCUGCACGCCCGGCAUGGUCAUGUCCAUGUACACGCUGCUCCGGAACAAGCCAAGGCCGACCAUGGCGGACAUCGACGAGUAUUUUGCUGGGAAUCUGUGUCGCUGCACGGGCUACAGACCCAUCUUAGAAGGCUUCAGGAGCUUCACCACCGACGCAGGGACAGGAGGCAGCUGUGGCCGGAGUGACUGUUGUAGAAAGAGGGGCAAGGGAUGUGAUAUAAAAGUGAUGAACGGAGAAAUGAACGGUGAGGUGAACGGAUACAUGAACGGUGACGUGAACGGAGAUGUCAACGGAGUCACCGAUAACAUCUCUUAUGUGCUUUACGACACUGAGGAAUUUCAGCCUUACGACCCAAGCCAAGAAAUUAUCUUCCCGCCAGAACUUAAGCUCCACCUGGAAUGGCAGAGGCAGAACCUCGUGUUCCGCGGACCCCGUGUCUCGUACUUCAGGCCGAGCUCCCUCUCCGAGCUCCUCUCUCUCAAGGCCGAGCAUCCUGGCGCUCGAAUCGUUGUGGGAAACACGGAAGUUGGCAUCGAAGUCAAGUUCAAGAACGUGACUUACCCCGUCCUCAUCAACCCGACCAACGUAGCGGAACUGACGAAGGUGGCGCUGGCGAAGGAGGGCGUGGCGUUCGGGGCGUCUGUGACCCUCUCCGCUGUCGAAGGAACGCUGCGUCGUCAGGUCAACUCGCUGCCAGAAUAUCGUACGAGAAUAUUUUCCGCCAUCUUGGAAAUGCUACGCUGGUUUGGCGGUAAACAGAUCAGAAACGCGGCGGCCAUUGGCGGGAAUAUCAUGACGUCAUCGCCCAUUAGCGACCUCAACCCCCUCCUGGCGGCUGCUGGAGCCAGACUGACGGUCCGCAGCGCAGAAUUUGGCGAGCGGGAAAUCGUGAUGGACCAAAGUUUCUUCACGGGCUAUAGAAGAAACAGCAUUCGUCCUGAGGAGGUUCUUGUGACGGUCCUCAUCCCCUACAGCCGGAAGAACGAGUACUUCCUGGGCUUCAAGCAGUCCCGGCGGCGAGAGGACGACAUCGCCAUCGUCAACGCCGGCAUGAGAGUGAGGUUCCUGCAGGCGACGACGAUCGUGGAGAGGCUGGACGUAGCUUUCGGAGGGAUGGGGCCCACGACCGUGCUGCCGCUGAUGGUGAGGGAAGACCACGAAGGACGUUCCUGGGACUCUUCUCUCCUAGAAACCGGGACGUCACGACUUCUGCAGGAGCUCCCUCUGUCGGCGUCUGCUCCCGGAGGCAUGGUCGAGUACCGCCGCACCCUUGCCGUCAGCUUCUUCUUCAAGUUCUACCUCAGUGUCCGAGGGCGCCUGAGCGAACAGUUCCCCUCGCUGGUCGCCGCUCUGACGGAGGAGGAGCAGGAGGCGACGAAGGUGCACCGCCACACCACGCCGAGGAGCACCCAGCUAUUCGAGACCGUCCCCCUCGGCCAGAGCGCCCUCGACCCCAUCGGCCGCCCUCUGACCCACUCCUCGGCCCUCCAGCAGGCGACCGGAGAAGCCCUCUACGUGGACGACCUCCCGCGCUUCAAGGACGAGCUCUACGGCGCGCUGGUCCUCUCCUCAAGGGCGCACGCCAGGAUUCUCAGCAUAGACGCCUCGGAAGCUCGCAGGAUGGAAGGCAUCGAGAGGGUCUUCUUCGCGGAGGAUCUGGAAGCUGAAAGGAACAAAACUGGCUGUAUUCUGUUGGACGAAGAAAUUUUUGCCUCUGACACCGUGACCUGCGUCGGCCAGGUGGUUGGUCUCGUGGUGGCCAAAGACCAGGCCACGGCGCAGAGAGCGGCGAAGUUAGUAAGAAUAGAGUACAAGGACGUCAAGCCUCGUCUAAUCACGAUCCAGGACGCCAUCAGAGAGAAAUCCUGGUGGGGGCCCUGGACCAUAAACCAGGGGGAUGUCGAGCAGGGCUUCAGUGCCUCGCCGCACGUCCUCGAGGGCGAGAUGCACGUCGGAGGACAAGAGCACUUCUACCUGGAGACCAACGCCCACCUCGCCGUCCCCAGGUGCGAGGACGGCGGGAUGGACGUCUUCUCGUCAACUCAGAACCCGACGCUGACGCAGCAGCUGGUGGCGCGGGCUCUGGGGAUCGCCUGCAACAAGGUGACGUGUCGCGUGAAGAGGAUGGGCGGCGGCUUCGGGGGCAAGGAGACCAGGAAUAACAGCGUCUCGCUGCCCAUCUGUGUCGCUGCGUCCGUACUGAAGCGCCCCGUCCGCAUCAUGCUUGACCGCGACGAAGACAUGCUAAUCACGGGGACUCGCCAUCCCUUCCUGGGGAGGUGGAAGGUCGGGUUCACAGCGGAGGGCGUCUUCACGGCAAUGGACAUGGAAUUCUACGCCAACGCCGGAUGUUCAGCAAACCAGUCCUUAGACGUUGUGCAGAAGGCGAUGCUCUCGAUGGAUAAUGUGUACAGGUGCAAAAACAGACGUGUCACGGGAUACGCCUGCAAAACCAACUUACCCUCGAAUACCGCCUUUCGAGGAUUUGGAGGUCCUCAAGGGAUGAUGUUCACCGAGGAUAUGGUGUCCCGGACAGCGGACUUCCUCGGGAUGGAUCACGAUGAGUUACGGAGGAGGAACAUGAUCGACUCCGGUGACGUCACUCACUUCGAUCAGCCGAUGGAGAGGUGCACAGUUCGGCGCUGUUGGGAAGAGGUCGUAGCGCAGGCGAACUACCACGCGCGCAGAGAAGCUGUCGAACGCUUUAAUAAAGGCAGCAAAUACCGGAAACGUGGCAUUUAUCUCCUCCCGACGAAAUUCGGCAUCGCCUUCUCCGUGCUGUCCCUCAACCAGGCCGGCGCCCUCGUCCACGUCUACACCGAUGGCUCCGUCCUGCUGACCCACGGCGGCACGGAGAUGGGCCAGGGACUCCACACCAAAAUGAUCCAGGUCGCGUCGAGAGUGCUCAGGAUCCCGGCUUCGAGGAUCUACAUCAGCGAGACGAGCACGGACAAAGUUCCCAACACCACCUCCACAGCGGGUUCCUUCUCCUCCGACCUCAACGGCAUGGCGGUCCUGAACGCGUGCAAAACCAUAAUGAAUCGCCUGGAGCCUUACAUGUCCAAGAACCCGAAAGCAGGUUGGGACAAAUGGGUCAAGGCAGCUUACCUCGACCGCGUCUCUCUCUCAGCCACAGGUUUUCACAAAACCUCUGGUGUUACCGGGUAUGACUUUGAAGCGCAUAAAGGAAUACCUUUUAGCUACUUCAGCUAUGGCGCUGCGGUGACGGAGGUCGAAGUGGAUUGCCUGACAGGAGAUCACUCGGUCCUGCGAACAGACAUCGUGAUGGACGUGGGCGACUCCCUGAACCCCGCCCUUGACAUCGGCCAGGUGGAGGGGGGGUUUACGCAGGGCCUCGGUCUCUUCACCCUCGAGGAGCUUCGGUUCUCCCCCGAGGGCGUUCUGCUCACGAGAGGCCCGGGGGCGUACAAGAUACCAGGAUUUCAGGAUAUCCCGCGUGAGUUCAACGUGUCGCUGCUUCGAGGAGCACCCAAUCCGAGGGCCAUCUUCUCCUCGAAGGCCAUCGGAGAGCCGCCGCUAUUCCUGGCCUCGUCCGUAUUCUUAGCCAUCAAGGAAGCGGUCGCGUCGGCCAGGGCGGAACGAGGCCUCGAACCGCUGUUUCGGCUCGACUCACCAGCGACGGCGGAGAGGAUCAGGAUGGCCUGCGGCGACGCCCUCGCACAGAUGGCGACGGCCGACAUCGAAGACACUUCUAAGCCUUGGUCGGUAACAGUGUGA